CACGUGACAGGCACGUGACCAUCGCCACCAUUCGAAGUUACCGACGAAACGAUACGAAUCUCUCUCUCUCUCUCUCUCUCUCGCUCUCUCUCACAAAUCAAUUGGAUCUGAAUUUAUUAAAGUUUCAGAUCUCUUCCUCGAAGUCAAUUGUUUUUUUUUCUUUCCCUAUAAAAUUCCAUUCCGUACACAUUUCUCAGAUAUUAAAAGAGGAGGAGGAGAAGAAGAAGAAGAAGAAGGAACAUCAGUAUUCCAAAAAAUCGCUGUAAAAUUCAUUUUUGGAAUUCAAUCUGCGGGUUUGAGAAAUUAAAGAAAAAUGGCGGCGAUUGCAGUCCACCAGCUUGCUCAGUCCAUCACUUGCCACGCUUGGAGCCCUGACCAUUCUAUGGUUGCGGUGUGUCCGAACAAUAACGAGGUCCAUAUCUAUAGACUAUUGCAAGACAAAUGGGAGAAGAUGCAUGUUCUUCAAAAGCAUGAUCAAAUUGUCUCUGGGGUAGAUUGGAGUGCAAGGUCAAACAGAAUUGUUACUGCAUCUCAUGAUCGAAAUUCUUAUGUCUGGAACCUAGAAGGAUCAGAGUGGGUACCCACCCUUGUUAUUCUUAGGCUAAACCGUGCUGCACUCUGUGUUCAAUGGAGUCCUAAAGAAAAUAAGUUUGCAGUUGGAAGUGGGGCAAAGACUGUUUGUGUUUGCUACUAUGAGCAAGAAAAUAACUGGUGGGUCAGUAAACUUAUCAGGAAAAGACAUGAUUCUUCUGUUACAAGUGUUGCUUGGCAUCCCAAUAAUAUCCUUCUGGCAACAGCAUCUACAGAUGGAAAAUGCCGAGUGUUUUCCACUUUUAUUAAAGGUGUUGAUCCAAAGGAUUCAAGAACAGGCCCUUCAUCAGAUUCAAAGUUUGGAGAGCAAAUUGUUCAACUAGAUCUUUCAUUUUCUUGGUCAUUUGGCGUGAAGUGGUCACCAAGUGGAAAUACCUUAGCAUAUGUAGGCCAUAACUCUAUGAUCUACUUUGUCGAUGAUGUUGGACCAUCCCCUUUGGCCCAAAAUGUUGCAUUCCGUGAUUUGCCUCUCCGUGAUGUUAUAUUUGUGUCUGAGAGAUUGGUCAUAGGUGUGGGAUUUGACUGCAACCCAAUGGUUUUUGGAGCAGAUGAAAGAGGAAUAUGGAGCUUUCUCAGAUUCUUAGAAAGGAAGAGAACAUCUUCAGGUCCAAAAUAUGGUUCUCAGUUUUCUGAAGCAUUUGGGAAACUGUAUGGGCAAUCUAAGCAUGGAGUGGGCAACGAUGGAAUCGAACCUUCGAGAUCACGGGGAGGCGUUCAUGAGAAUUUCAUAAAUUGUGUCGUGCCGCUUAGAGAGUCAGGAAAAUCUACAGCAACUCGCUUCAGUACUUCAGGAAUGGAUGGUAAAGUGGUCAUUUGGGAUCUGGAGAACCAAACAGAUCUAUCAGAUUAUUUGUGAACCUUGAAGAACUUCUGUGCAGUAAUGGCAGGAAAAUGAGCUUUGUAUAUUAAUCUGGUUGAACAAACUGAUGGAAUCUUUUUGGUAUAAGCCUAAAGGAUAAUUUUGUGGUGAUUUUAGUUUUGUACUCCUAUGUAUUAAUUUGGAUGUAACAUAUGUGUCUCCUAUAAUUUCUGGCUGGUUAAUCUCAUUUUCUGGUUGAAGAAGGAAUAUAUAUUUUUUUAAUCUCAAUAUGAUGUGGAAAAGAAAUUUUAGUUUGUC